CAGUUAUGCCAUAUAACAGCGCCCAUCACUGUGUCGUGGAAGUGGAAAACUUCUUGUUUGUGCUGGGAGGAGAAGACCAAUGGAACCCGAAUGGGAAACACAGUACAAACUUUGUUAGCCGAUACGAUCCCAGGUUUAACAGCUGGAUACAACUUCCACCCAUGCAAGAGAGGAGAGCCAGUUUCUACGCCUGUCGCCUUGACAAGAACUUGUAUGUAAUCGGUGGGAGAAACGAAACUGGCUACUUGUCCAGCGUGGAGUGCUACAAUCUGGAGACAAACGAGUGGCGUUACGUGUCUUCCUUACCGCAACCUUUGGCAGCCCACGCAGGAGCUGUUCACAAUGGCAAGAUAUAUAUUUCAGGAGGUGUUCACAAUGGAGAAUAUGUCCCUUGGCUGUACUGCUAUGACCCUGUGAUGGACGUCUGGGCCCGAAAACAGGACAUGAACACAAAGCGAGCAAUCCACACGUUGGCUGUAAUGAAUGACCGACUGUAUGCAAUUGGAGGGAACCAUUUGAAAGGCUUCUCCCAUCUCGACGUAAUGCUUGUGGAGUGCUACGAUCCAAAAGGCGACCAGUGGAAUAUCCUCCAGACUCCUAUUUUGGAGGGUCGCAGUGGCCCUGGCUGCGCAGUCCUUGACGACAGUAUUUACCUUGUAGGAGGCUACAGCUGGAGUAUGGGAGCCUACAAAUCUUCUACUAUUUGCUAUAGUCCUGAGAAAGGGACCUGGACAGAACUAGAAGGAGACGUUGCCGAGCCGCUCGCAGGACCCGCGUGUUCGACUGUCAUAUUGCCAGCCUGCGUACCGUACAACAAGUGACAGUCGGGGAGCGCUGGCACGAACACUGAUUGCAUCUGGGAAAAUAAUGACGGGUGACAAAUAUUUUUAUUAGAACAGGAUUCCUGUUAAAAGAAAACUACCAUAAUCAUAAUUGACCCUUUAUUCCCCUUUUAUGCUUUAGGAGCAAACUAAACAAAACCCAAGUGUUGUCCCAUCUCAGAUAGAUGCCGGUGUCUUACGAAGCAAGUCGCUAAAACACACCGAACAUUACAUGCUGACAGACUGCCAUUUCAGACUGAUUUUAACUUUUUUCCUGCUGCAGAGAUGUUCCUCACGUCAAAUUUAACUUUUUAAAAAACAAAUAAAAAAUGAAGGCUAAAUGUUCAAAUGCAGCCUGAAGAGACAAGAUCAGUAUUGUGCAUUGUAUCUACCUGCAUGUGAUCUGUGUUGAAGUCAUGAGGAUGUUGUUUCCAUGAAUGCUUCAGAAUUCAGAUAGUGAAAAGCUCACACUGCAUUGCAGAAUUGUCUCCUCCUCUGUAAUCCCAACCUACAGCUACUUCACAUGCUCUGCGAGCAGCACAGCAUCAGAAGAUUAUGAAAGGUAAAGAAGUAUCAUUCAGUUUUUGCACAGCUUGGCAUCUAAUACGCUCUGCCUUCGAAGUCCCCGUGUGCAAGCGCAGCGGAAAGCAGACUACAAAGAAAGCCAUGCUUUACAGAGCACUUCUUGCAGCGGCAGCUUAGGGAUUAGGAUCAAAUUCUUCUAAUCGCACUUGUGUAAAGUCGGAGUCGUUUCACUGAAAUCCCGCGGAACGACUGAUUUUACAUGAGCAAACCAGAGAUUUGGUCCUACGCCAUAAAAUCCUGGGUUCGUAAAGCAAGUUAUUGCUAUGGCCACUUAAUGAGGCACCAGAACCCUUACUUACUUUUCACUAACCUGUGAGGUAGGAGCAUCCGUGCUAGUUGCUUCCAAAGACAAGGCGACUGCAUUUAACUCAACAGGUAUUGCUUUGGACUCUUAA